CUGGUGAGACUAGUUAGUCUGUGUCUGCACCUCCUUCACUGAGGUCUCACCUUUCAGCAGGACUAGGGACUUUGUGUGUGUCUCUGCCUGUGUGUGUUUUUAUUUAAUUUUAUCAUUUUUUGUGCCGUGUCUCAUGGACACCAAACUUACCUGUGGAGCAUGGCUGCUCGUCCUUCUCCUGGGAUGUGGUCGACUGUGGGCUUUCAACCUGGACACCGAAAAUUACCAGAGGAAGAACGGGGAGCGCGACAGUCUUUUCGGCUUCUCCAUGGCGAUGCACCGGCAACUUCAACCGGAGGAUAAGCGAAUGUUGCUGGUUGGUGCCCCCCUAGCGAAAUCAAUCCCAGGUCAAACAUCUACAACGACAGGAGGGCUCUACAGCUGUGACAUGCGCUCCUCCUCCAGUUCAUGCACCAGAAUUAACUUUGAUAAUGAUGAGGAUACAAAAAGAGAAAGCAAAGAAAAACAGUGGAUGGGAGUGACAGUCAACAGUCAGGGACCAGGAGGGAAGAUUGUGACCUGUGCCCAUCGCUACCAGCGCCGGGCCAACAUGAAGACGGACAUCGAAUCCCGUGACAUUCUCGGACGCUGCUACGUGCUGAGUCAGAACUUGGAAAUUGAUCCUCGCUCAAGUGAAGAUGGAGGUGGCUGGCACUUCUGUGAGAGUCGACCCAGAGGCCAUGAGAUGUUCGGCUCCUGCCAGCAGGGCCUCUCUGCCACAUUUGACAAGGACUUCCACUACCUCAUCUUUGGGGCUCCUGGGGCAUACAGCUGGAAAGGUGUGGUACGCUUGGAACAAAAAAAUGACUCCUUACUAGAUAUGGGCAUCUAUGACGAUGGUCCUUUUGAGACGGGAGAUGAGCGAGAGAAGAAUCCUGAUCUAGUUCCUGCUCCUCCCAACAGCUACCUGGGCUUCUCUCUAGACUCAGGAAAGAGUUUGACCAAGAAGGGUGAGCUGAUAGUGGUGGCAGGAGCGCCGAGGGCAAACCACAGCGGAGCAGUGGUGCUGCUGAAGAAAGGCUCAUCUUUAAGCAACAUCUUGCUGGAAGAGUACAUCCUGGAAGGGGAGGGGCUGGCCUCGUCUUUCGGUUAUGAUUUGACUGUACUUGAUUUCAAUGGGGACGGCUGGCAAGAUAUUGUGGUGGGAGCGCCGCAGUACUUCGAGAAGGAUGGAGAAAUUGGUGGAGCCGUCUAUGUCUUCAUCAACAAAGCAGGAAAGUGGAACAAAGUCACACCAAUCAGAAUAGAUGGAGCCAUGAACUCCAUGUUUGGCCUGGCUGUGGAAAACCUGGGAGACAUGAAUUUGGAUGGUUUCCAGGACUUUGCAGUGGGAGCUCCUUAUGACGACAACGAUGCAGGGAAAGUCUACAUCUACAGUGGAUCGGCAGCAGUACCCAGCUCUAUAAAACAUGUUCAGGUGUUGCUCGGCCAACCUUUAGGAGUGAAGUUGUUUGGCUACUCUUUGGCAGGCAACAUGGACCUGGAUGAGAACUUCUUCCCCGACCUGGCUGUCGGAUCCCUCUCAGACUCUGUCUUUGUCUUCAAAGCCCGUCCAGUCAUUAGCAUAAAGAAAGAAAUCAAGUUCACACCGAAGGAAAUCAACCUCAGUGAGAAGAACUGUGCCAACGGCUUCUGCUUGGAUAUUGAAGCGUGCUUCACCUACACCACCAGCCACAAGAGCUAUGCUCCCAAACUGACGGUGGCAUACUCCCUGGAGGCAGACGCUGAACACAGGAAGCGUACUCGCACUUCGCGGGCAAACUUCCUCGACGCCGCUGGCGCAGAAAAGGGUUACGAUUCCAAAGGCACUCUCAUCUUGAACACCAAAGGAACAAAACAGUGUGUUAAACGUCGGCUUGUCAUAAAGGACGACAUUAAAGACAAGCUGCGUGGGAUCUCCGUCAACAUGUCUGUCAACAUCAUGGAUGCCAAACGUCAACGCAGGCAGAGCUCAGCUCCUCUGACACCUGUCCUUGAUACCAAUGACCCACCCAUGGCUGAAACAGUGGUGCAAUUUCGGAAGGAGGGUUGUGGCGAUGACAACGAGUGCAACAGCAACUUGCAGUUGGAAUAUCGCUACGGCAGCAUGUCGUCUGACGACAAGAAAUUCGUCCCAUUAGAACUGGAGAAUGGCGUGCCCUUGAUCUCACUCAACAAUCAGGACGUCGUCUUGGAGGUCAAAGUAACCAACCUCAAGGGAGACGACGCACACGAGGCUUCUUUGAUGGCCACCUUCCCAAGCUCCCUGACUUACUCUAGUCACAGAGUUCCGCUGGGUGAGCAAUAUAAAAGCUGUGCCGUCAACAAAGACGGUUCUAAGAUUGAUUGUGACCUUGGAAACCCCUUCAGACGAGACUCAGAGGCGACGAUCUACAUUGUUUUGGAUACAUCAGGCAUUUCUCUCAGCACUACUGAACUGGAGACAGAUCUUGAGUUUGAGACGACAAGCAUCCAGAAGAGCACAGGUCCGGUCAAAGCAAAGGCAAAGGUGGCCAUCAUGUUGCAGCUGUCUGUAUCAGGUCAAAUCCAGCCGUCUCAGGUCUACUUUACAGGACAGUCCAAAAGUGACGCAGGCAAGAAGACUGAGAAUGACAUUGGCAGUGCAAUCACACAUCAGUUCAGAAUAAUCAACCUGGGAAAGAACUUGGCAGACUUUGGCAACGCUGUCCUCAACAUCAGGUGGCCAAAGCUGACAGACAAGGACAAGGGGCUGCUCUACCUGACAAAGAUCAGCUCCACAGGAGUGGACCAACUCGUCUGCACUCCUAAAAAUGAGAUCAACCAUCUCAACCUGGAACCAAGUCGCAUCAGAUCAAGAAGAUCAGUCGGAAGCUCCCAUGGAAGUGAAGAGGGCACCAUUGCUCGUUAUAAGUCAAAGAAAUCAGUAACACUGAAGUGUGAAGAUGGGGCUAAGUGUGUGACAAUAAGGUGUCCGCUGCGGGGCCUGGAAAGAAAUGCAGUCAUCAAUGUACACUCUCGCCUCUGGAACAGCACCAUGGCUUCGGAUUUUGAGUCGUUUCAUCACGUGGAGGUGAUAGUGAAGGCCUCGCUGCAUGUUGACAGCACAACAAAGAACACGUUGCUUCAAAAUGCAGAGACACAGGUGAAAAUGACAAUUUUCCCAGACACGCGCUCAGCUCGGUAUGGAGGAGUGCCGUGGUGGAUCAUUGUGCUGUCUAUCCUUUUCCUGCUGCUGCUGUUAGGCCUCCUGGCCUUCCUUCUCUGGAAGUGUGGCUUUUUUAAACGUGCCAAAUAUGAAGACAAGGUUCCCAGUUACAGUGACGUUUGGAUCAAAGACGAGGACAGAGCAGUAGAUGCUGGGAACGGUAACUGGGAAAACCUGGAAAAGAAGCCAUGGGUGACAACCUGGCAUGACAACAACUCUUUUUCUUAAAAGCCAAGGAAAUCUGAUUUCUGAUCCACACAGAUUUUCACUGAUUUUUCCUGCCCCGCCUUUGCAUAACUCAACUGUAAAUAUACAUUUUUAAAAAAAAAUAAAAGGGAAAAAAAACAACUUUUUGUAAAAGUAAAUGAUCAAAUAUUCUGCUUCAGUGGCCGAUUUGAUCCGUUAGUCUGUAUGAAUCACUGGAGGAAGAGGAGAGCUGUAGUUUGUCAGCUUUGGGGCUUGUGUACAGUACAUUUGUUUAGAAAGGACUGGGGUAGAGAAGGUGGAACAAUGGUAGCGUUUCUGCAUAUUUUUCUAUAUUUUUUUGAAAAGGUUUUACAGAAAUGUUUGUAUUUAUUCUUUGAGUAGUUUGUGACAUGCUCUACAGGCAAAAACAGUCAUGCAAUUUUACACAUGGGUGACUAUAAAUACAGUACUAUAAAAUCAAAAUCUCAUCCACUGCUUCAUAGUCAUCGGUUCUUCAAUUGUUUAAGUCGUGCUCAAGGUGCCUCAGGUUGCAUCAUAUGAAUGAAUUCCUCUUUUCAAAUACUUGGUUUGUAAACUCAAUACUAAGCCUCAGCCAAACUCCUUUUAAUUAACCUUUUCGAAAUUUGGAUAGGAGCAAACGGUCUCUUGAAUAAAUGGUUUGUCAAA